AUGUCGAUUCAUCAGCAAGAUCCAUGCGUUCAGCUCACUUCGAUGCCGCAAUUGGCUGAGGCCCUAAGCUUAGAGGAUGACUGGACCGGGACAACUGAUGCUGCAGCAAGAAGGAGGGCACAGACGAGGCUGAACAUGAGAGCAUACCGAAAGCGGAAGGCCCAGGAAAAGAAGGCUAAGGCGUCAAAGCCCGAGGGCGUCAAAUCUGAAGCAGUGGUUGAAUGCUGGGAUAUCAACCAAGAAUCCAUGUCCGCCGUCCCAGCAUCUCAUGCCAAGAGUAUAUACAACUCCAGAAAACCCCUACUAGCGUACAGAACCAAGAAGAAUCAGUCAAAUGUCGCCUUCCCUCUGUCUUCAGAUCAUCUCAUCACACUUCUCCAAUACAACGCCCUCCGAGCCUUGGCCGUCAAUAGGACUUUCAUCUCCGGCAUGCUAACCACACCUCUUGACUGCGGCGACGAAGACGUUAUCCACGUGGUCCCAUACCCAACCAACCCCGAUUCCCUCCCUUCCGCCCUUCUCCCCACAGUUCUCCAACAAACAGUCAUGCACUGUGAUUGGAUUGAUAUGUUUCCCUCCCCAGAGGCACGGGACUGUCUGAUUCGAGCUUAUGGCACCUUUGAUGAGGAUGAUUUAUGGGCUGAUUGUAUUGGCGGCUUAUAUGAGGGCUUUCCGGAUGACGAAAUGGAAAGACGUGGUUUGAUUGCUUGGUCACCACCGUGGGAUGUAUCAGGAUGGGAAAUGUCAGAGGAGUUUGUCAAGAAAUGGGGCUGGUUAUUUAAAGACUUUUCUGGGCCGCUGGAGGCGACGAAUAGAUGGAGGGUUGAGAGAGGCGAGGAACCUUUUGACCAUAAGGAUUAUCCACCAAGUCCUCCAGUGUCUGGUUUUGUCAUAUCAGAAGUUUAG